CCUGUUGAGUAAUACCUCUAUCAAAAAAAAAUGGAUCCUCCAAAUCAUUUUCUCUUGCUUCUUCUCAUGUUUGCUUCCACCAUAAACGCCCAAUUCCCAGCGACCUACUGUGGUUCGACUGGCAACUUCACCGCCAACAGCACCUACCAAACCACCCUCACCACCCUCCUCUCCUCCAUCUCCACCACCAACUCCUCGUCCUUCUCCUUCGGCUUCUUCAAUGCCUCCGCCGCUGUCUACGGUGCCUCCCAGACCGUCUACGUCUUUGGCCUCUGCCUCGGUGACUUUACCACCGUGGACUGCCACGCCUGCCUUGAUGAAUUGGCCUCUGACAUGCGCCGCCUCUGCCCCCUCCAGAAGGAGGCACUCCUCUACACUGGGAACUGCAUCAUCCGGUACUCGAGCGCCUCAUUCUUCGGCACAGUUGCAACAGAACCUACCUACGUGGCGAGUACUGGUGAAGAUGUCUCAAGCCCGAAAACGUACGACGCAGUGACGAAGAAGCUUCUGAACGGUCUGCGGGCCGAGGUAGCAGGUGGCGGCUUGCUGAGAAAGUACGCGUCAGAAAAGAAAUCAGCAGGGUUGGACAUGAUCUAUGCGAUGGUGCAGUGCACGCCGGACUUGACGGAGCAACAAUGCAGUGACUGCCUGGUAAUAGGCUUCAAUACCAUCGGGGACUGCUGCGUCAGGUACACAGGAGCACGGUUCAUGGUGCCAAGUUGCCAGGUCCUGUAUGAGAUCAAUAAUCCGUUCCUCGACUCGGUCACUAAGCCACUUACGCCGCCGUCGUGGGUGGGAGAUGUGCCGCUUCCACCACCAGGACCUGAAAUCGAGUGCCAUGGACCAGCGCACGAUCUUUAUGGACCUAAGCCUGAGAGUCGAGACCAUAGCUCGAGCAUCAAAGACUCAAGCAUGGCCUUUAUGGACUCGAGUUCGGGUGUUGAAGCAUCGGGUACUGGCACCAAGGGUUCAGGCCUGGCCUUGAUGGAUCCCGGCGUGGGCACCGAGGCCCAAGCCUAG